AUGGCUCUCUCCACCUUGGCUUCUAGUCUCAUCCUUCUCCUUGCCCUACCUUUCACCACUUGUACGCCAACAAACGUCCGUCUGACGCUCGAUGUAUCUCUUAACCUACCUGAUGUUGUUACUACGGCCGGUUUCGUCUGCGAAAAUGAGGGGUUCUUUGGUGACCUCUGUGACUGCACAAAAUUCCAUCGCUGCGUGAUUUAUGAUUGGACAAAACCAAAGGAGUUUACACGGUUCGAUUUCAGUUGCGGUGAAGGUACCGAAUUCGAUGAAGCCCUUUCAGUGUGCAAUCAUCCAUGGGCUAUUUCCCCACCUCCCGUCUGUCACACCGGCCCGUGGGACGGGUGCCCCAAUCACCCAAAGGCGGAUCCAGAAACUUUCACGACCACGGAUACUCUUACGAAAACUGGUCCUCAAGCUCUCGUCGGACAUCAUCAGCGCAAAGGAAAUAAGAACUAUUCUACGGCAUUCUCUUGUACGACAGACGGCAUGUUUCCUGACGCCUCUGAUUGUAAUAAGUAUCAUGAAUGCUCCUUGAAUUCGGACGGUAGUUGGAAGCAUGAUAUCGACUUCUGUGGCAAAACACAGCAAUUCUGUGCACCUUUGGGGGCCUGUGGACCUGCAGAGGGAUGCCCUGUGCCUUGUGGUUCCAGUAAUGAGCAUCUGAAAGAUAGGGAGUUGAAGUGA